UCCCGUAAGGCUAAGAUUUUUAGACUUACUAUUCCUUUUUUCAAAUUGCAGCCGCCCGUUUACUUUACUAGGUUCUUUGAUUCACCAUUUUUCAAAUUUUCUUCUUUCUUCUUCCUCUAAUUUCUUGCUUGAACAAGAUUAAAAAGGAAAAAUCAAGUUCUUGCUGGUUUCUUGGAAGUGGAAAUGUGCAUGCAUGACAAGAAAGAAAUCACUGUCUAAGUCAAGGUGUAGCUUGAGCUCCGAUUCAAACCAGCAGAACCGGCUACUCAGCUUCUCAGACUAAGACUGUAUCCUGGGCGGGCACUGUGCGCGGUAGGUCUAUCGAUCCCAAACCCAAUUCAAAUUUCCAAAGGGCAGCAGGGAGACAUCUUCUGGUCAAUACUACACGAUGGGUGUAUAACUUAGUUAGCACACGAAUUAAUAGGAUGGGCCAACCCAAGCCCAUAUUAUUGCAAUUGAGGGGGCGCAUGGGCAUAGCAUAAGAUUUGUAUUCGAUUGCCUUUUUUACAGGACAAAGAACAAGAAGAAUAGGAACAUCAAUCAGUCCAACUGUGCUUAAAACCUCCACACAGACACAACACAAAAGCCCUCUACUCAUUGUUUGUAUUGUAUCAACUGCUUUUGCAAAUUCAUAAACAAUGUACACAUGUGCUCCUCAUUUUGUUUCCAUCAAAUUCCCAGACCUUCACAGUUCUAAGACUUUGAGGCCGUUUGGUAUGAGUAAGAGGGAAUUCAAAGUGUUUGCACUUGCUUCAAGUGUUAAUGAGGCUUCCAAUUAUAUCCCAGCUGCUCCCAUUUUGAUCCCAGAAGGCCCUUGGAACCAGAUUCCCGGAGGAGUAACGGCCGCAAAGGGAUUCAAAGCGGUUGGCAUCUAUGGUGGAUUACGUGCCAAAGGAGAGAAACCUGAUCUUGCACUUGUCACUUGUGAUGUUGAUGCUGCAGCUGCAGGGUCAUUCACUACAAAUAUGGUUGCUGCUGCACCUGUCUUGUACUGUAAACAUGCAUUGGAUAUUUCCCAAACGGCACGUGCAGUCUUGAUUAAUGCUGGUCAAGCAAAUGCAGCAACGGGUGAUGCAGGUUACCAGGAUGUGCUAGAAUGUGCUGAUACCGUUGCUAUGAUGCUUAAAGUGAAGCGAGAGGAAGUGUUGAUUGAAUCUACUGGUGUGAUUGGUCAAAGAAUAAAAAAGGAUGCCCUUCUAAAUGCACUUCCAACAUUAGUUAACUCGCUCACAUCAUCUGUUGAGGGGGCAGGUUCAGCAGCAGUGGCAAUCACAACUACUGACCUUGUGAGCAAGAGUGUGGCAAUUGAGUCCCAAAUUGGAGGUAUAAAUAUACGAGUUGGGGGGAUGGCCAAAGGUUCUGGGAUGAUCCACCCAAAUAUGGCAACUAUGCUUGGCGUGAUAACGACUGAUGCCCUUGUUCAAACUGAUGUUUGGAGAAAGAUGGUGCAAACUGCUGUAAACCGGAGUUUCAACCAAAUAACUGUAGAUGGAGAUACUAGUACCAAUGAUACAGUCAUUGCUUUGGCUAGUGGACUAUCUGGAUCAAUGUCAAUAUCAUCUAUUGACUGCACCCGGGCCAUUCAACUUCAAGCGUGUCUUGAUGCUGUAAUGCAAGGUCUUGCCAAAUCAAUAGCUUGGGAUGGGGAGGGAGCUACCUGCCUUAUUGAGGUCACAGUGGCAGGGACAGAGAGCGAGGUGAAGGCAGCAAAGAUUGCACGCUCCGUGGCAUCUUCUUCACUUGUCAAGGCUGCUGUUUAUGGAAGAGAUCCAAAUUGGGGGCGGAUUGCUGCUGCUGCUGGCUAUGCAGGGAUUCCUUUCCACCAGAACAAGCUGCGCAUUUUGCUUGGGGAUAUUUUGCUGAUGGAUAAUGGCCAACCACUUGCAUUUGAUAGGCCUGCUGCUAGUAAAUAUCUCAAGAUGGCUGGAGAGACCCAUGGUACUGUUAAAAUUUACAUUUCUGUAGGUGAUGGAUCAGGCAUCGGAAAGGCAUGGGGCUGUGACUUGAGUUACGAUUAUGUCAAAAUAAAUGCAGAGUAUACCACAUAGACACCAUUUAGAAGAGUUGAGCUCUAUCCUGAACCUGAGGUCAUUCCAAACUUUAAAUAACUUUCGAAUACCUUCUUAAUCCAUUUUGUGUCUUCUUCUUGUUUAGGUCAGGAAAUGAAAAUAAAAAUUAUUAUAUUUUAUAUGUUAUUUGUGAAUCAUUUUUCGGUGUCAUAUAAUGCGAGCAUCACCUUUUGGAGUUCUA